AUGACAGGAGAUCUUGAGCGAUCUAGACGCCUGUAUCAAACCCUAUUGUUGCCGGAUUUUAGUGGCAUUGAUGAAGUCCGCCAGGCAUAUAAGUCGUUGGCUUUGAAGUAUCACCCUGAUAAAAAUCUUCAUGACCCGUCAGCAGCCGAGAAGUUUCGUCAGGUUCGCGUAGCAUAUGAAAUACUCUCAUGUGUGGAGCGAAAGCGCAAGUAUGAUUGUACGCUUCGCCUUUUUCAACCACUUGGCUCAAACUCCUUCGCACCAGGGGCAAGGUCUGUACCAACUGCCACAACAGAGGGUGGUAUGUUCGCCUCCUCCCCAAUAGGAAAUGCAACAAGUUGUAUUUAUGAAGAACUCUUCAACUACGCGGCAAAAAAGGCCGAACGGCAACAACGACGUCCAUCUCCAAGUUGUACCCCGCGUGGUGACCGUGCGUCGCAGUACACAAAGGAGCAGAAGGAAUUUUUUAGGAAGCGAGAGAAGGAGCACCAAGCCGAGCUUCGCAGAAGAUUGGAGCAGGAAAAACGUGAACAACGGGCAAAGGAGUUGGAGGCGCUACGUCGUGAACAGGAAAGACGCGAGGAGGCACUCCAACGCUCACAGCAGCGACGUGCACGUGCCACUGUCUCCUCUCGUGCCUAUUCUUCCACAGGGAUUCGACGUUCCUCGCCGUUUCCCCGCCCCGCUCCGGAGCAGCCACCGCCGCAGUCUGCUGAUAAGAAGAAAUUCGUGAAGAGCAAUUCGGCACGUGAGAUUCACAUUGGCUCUAGUCUGCCGGAGACGGUGCGGGCGGUUCCAUCGCCGCGGCAUCGUCGUCCUUCACUCGACUUGGAUGCGGAGCGGGCGGAACGUAUCCGCCGUGAGAAGGAGCGACAGGCGGAGGUGCGGCGUAACGAGCAGGAGAAGUACUUGGAGCGUCUCAUGCGACAGCGCAUCCGCGAGGUGCGACUCCGCGAGCGGGAGGCGGAGGAAGAACAGCGGCGUGAACGUGAUAACCAACAGCAACUACUCGCACUUGCAGAAAGAAGUGAGCGGGAACAGGUGAUCGCCCCACAGGAACAACUCGAGCGGCGGCGGCUCUGGCGUGAGUGGCAACAGGAACUGCGAGGGCAAAUAAUGGCGAUGCGCCGCGCUGGGCUUGCAGUCGCACAUGAGGAGGCCCUCUGUCACCUUCGCAACAGUGAGGCAACAGAAUUUGCACACUUAGAGCUACGAUUCCGUGAAGGUAUCGGACGUAUAGGGUUCCUAGAUCAGUAUCGUCGUCUGUUGCGAGAGGUGGCGCUUGAGUUGCAAAAGAUAAAGCAAAGGACGUUAAUGAACGAUGCUUUGGGUGAUGGAUGUGCUAUUAUCAGGCGUGAGGAGCAUGCGGCUUGGAGUCUCUUAGACCUACUAGUAAAUGAGUGGAGAAGUCGCUUAGCGUUGCAGCAGAAUGAAGAGGAUGAGAUUUUCCAAUUAAUUAGGAAACGUGCAAACGAACGACAGUCGGUACACCUCUGUGAAGAGGAACGAGCACGAAUCUCUGAGCGAGAAGCUAGUGCUGCUACUAUUGCCCUUUUGCAAAAGGAAAUUGAAGAAUUAAAGCUCACAUUGCAACCUUGUUGUUCUUCGGUAGUGUCUGAUAAGGUACCAGAUAAGGUUCCCACUCUCCCACAAUUUCGAGCUGAAUUUGUGACGGUUGAUGGUAUCACUACAGUGCCACAAUAUCCUGCAGACAACACUCAGAGUAAUCAUCAGGAAAGUCUUAGUCUUUCGGGAAAUGGUACCUGUAAUGGCAGCGGCGGCGGCAACAACGGUAACAGCGGUGGAUUGCGUGCGUGGAUAGAGAGUGCUUCCAGGCGUCUUCCUCGCCGAGGCACAUCUCCUGGCGCGGCUGCACCAUUACAACCACGUUGUCCAACAUCAUUAUCAUCAUCAUCAGCAGCAACGGUUCCUUUAACUGGAGUAGGGAUUGGAGAACCUGGCGCAUCAGAUCGUACAGUGCUUUUAGAAGGCAAAGUUUCUACGAGUCCACCACCUGCGCAAUAUGACAGUGUUAGUGGCAAUAGUACUGCUGGUCAUGGAUUUUCGAAAGUUAAACCGACACCUACAAUGCCCUCACUUGAUGUUUCUUUUAAUUCUGGACAGUUACGUGUUGUUGCGACUGGGUCGGAGGCCCUGUUGGAGCACUCUUCUUUACAUCGCAGCGAAAGUCAUUGA